AUGUCCAUGGCAAAGAGUGCCAGGGAUCCCCAGGAAGCUGUUGACCUCAAUCUGGACCUCAGGUCCCCUCCUGAAAGUGCCAAGAAGCUGCCGAACACAGACUCCAGUUUCUUGGAUGGAAGCCCUUCCGAGUCACCCGGCUUGGAGACGACCAAGGGCAUAACAGCAUUCCAGACCUUGGUUCACCUGGUGAAAGGUAACAUAGGCACAGGGGUCCUGGGACUCCCACUGGCUAUGAGGAAUGCAGGCAUCCUGAUGGGCCCACUCGGUUUGCUGGCCAUGGGGCUCAUCUCCUGCCACUGUAUGCACAUCCUGAUCAGGUGUGCCCGGCACUUCUGCCACAGGUUCAAUAAGCCCUUUAUGGAUUAUGGGGAUACAGUGAUGCAUGGACUAGAAGCCAACCCCAGCGCCUGGCUCCGGAACCACGCACACUGGGGAAGGUAUAUCGUGAGCUUCUUUCUUAUAGUCACCCAGAUGGGCUUCUGCUGCGUGUACAUUGUGUUUCUGGCUGAUAAUUUAAAACAGGUAGUCGAAGCAGUUAAUAGCACAACCAACAACUGCCAUUACGAGACAGUGAUUCUGACGCCCACCAUGGACUCUCGACUCUACAUGCUCACCUUCCUGCCCUUCCUGGUACUGAUAGUUCUCAUCCGGAACCUCAGGGUCCUGACUGUCUUCUCCCUGUUGGCCAACAUCACCAUGCUGAUCAGCUUGAUCAUCAUUGUCCAGUACAUCGUCCAGGAAAUUCCAGACCCCCGCCAGUUGCCACUGGUAGCAAAUUGGAAGACCUACUCUCUCUUCUUUGGAACAGCCAUUUUUUCAUUUGAAAGCAUUGGUGUGGUUCUGCCCUUGGAAAACAAGAUGAAGGAUGCCCGCCGCUUCCCAUUCAUCCUGUCUUUGGGAAUGUCCAUCAUUACUGCCCUCUACGUCAGUGUCGGGACUCUGGGCUACCUGCGGUUUGGAGAUGAUGUCAAGGCCAGCAUAACCCUUAACCUGCCCAACUGCUGGCUGUACCAGUCAGUCAAGAUCCUCUACAUCAUUGGAAUCCUGUGCACCUACGCCCUGCAGUUCUACGUCCCUGCGGAAAUCAUCGUUCCCCUCGCUACCUCCCACGUGUCAAAGCGCUGGGCACUGCCUCUGGACUUGUUCAUUCGCCUCGCCAUGGUCAGCCUGACAUGCAUCUUGGCUAUCCUCAUCCCCCGCCUGGACCUGGUCCUCUCCUUGGUGGGCUCCCUGAGUGGCAGUGCCCUGGCCCUCAUCAUCCCACCCCUCCUGGAGAUCACCACCUACUACUCAGAGGGCCUGAGCCCCAUCACCAUCGUCAAGGACACCCUGAUCAGCAUCCUGGGCUUCGUGGGCUUUGUGAUGGGGACCUACCAGGCCCUAGAUGAGCUGAUCCAGUCAGGAGACUCUCUCACCUUUUCCAACUCCACUGUUUUCAUUCAGUGA